AUGACCAUUGCCACUGCCAGAGCAGUCGAGCGCCCCGGUGACGCUCCCCCUCUGCCCCCCCCCCCCCAGAGCGCCCCGGUGCUGGACGUGUGCGGGCUGCUGCGGCGGUGCGUGGGGCGGGGCCGCGCGGUGCUCACCCUCCCCUGGAUGGUGGAGUUCCUCUCCAUGCUGGACUUCACCGGACCGCUGCUGCCCUGCUACCGCAGCGCGCUGGGGUCACUGCUGCUGCUGUACAGGGGUCUGGUCCUGGGCCGGGGGGGCGAGGUGUGUUACCUGAACAAGCUGCUGAUGGUGGCCGCUCUGGGCUGGCUCUUCCAGAUCCCGGUUAUCCCGGAGGACAUCUUCUUCACCAGUGACUUCACCGACGUGGCCCGGCUGGAGGACCCCCCCCCCGGGGUUCAGGGGCUGGACUGCCUUCCUCUGGUGGACCAGCAGCUGCUGUACGUCUGCUGUCCCUUCCUGGGCGAGUUCAGGAAGAUCCUGGCCGCCUUCGUGUCGGGCAGCGCGGCCAAGAGCAGCGGGAUCUUACGGAAGAUCACGCCCACGUCUGCCGAGCCGCGGGACGCGCCCAUCGCCAACCGGUCCCAGCAGAAGCUCCAGGUGGACCUGGAGCAGGCGUUCUUCCACAACCAGCCCCCGUCCCUCCGCCGCACCGUGGAGUUCGUGGCGGAGCGCGUCGGCUCCAACUGCGUCAAACACAUGAAGGCCACGCUGGUGAGCGAGCUGGUGCAGCGAGGGGAGGAGCUUCUGAGGGCGGGGCUGCAGUCCCCGGGCGCCAGCGGGCCCAAGCUGCACGAGGCCAUCGGGGCCCAGCUGAGUGACCGCGGCAUGGAGGCCCCCGCCAGGGCCACCAGGUUCUGCAGCGACAAGAGUCCAGAUGCCAUCAGGAACCUUCUGCCAGUGGAAACUUCUCCCGUCGUGUUGACCACGUCGGAGAACAUCACCAAGCGCCUGGCCACGGAGAAGGCCUGCAGCUGGCUGGCGGCCAACAUCACAGCCCUGAUACGACGAGAGUGGAAGAGCCGCUUCGACCGCGUCAUGAAGUCCAUGGACGCGCAGGGGGCAGGGCUGGAGCCGGCCAAUCAGGCGCUGCCCAGCACCCCCAAGAGGAAACCGGGAGGCGAGCGAGCGCUGGUCUGUCCGACGGCCUGCCCCCACGCAGCCCCCCUCCCCUCAGACGUCCUCAUCCAGAUGAAGGAGGUGCUCAGUGUGGGCGUGGGGCCCAGGACGGAGGCGGAGCUGCUCACCGGCCCUGAGCUCAGGGCUCUGCUGGGCCGGGUGGGAGAGGCCCUGGCCUGUAGGAAGUUCCUGACCCCGGUCUCUGAGCAGAUGCUGCUGCGCUCCACGGUGCUGUUGGCGUGUCAGAUCGUGGGCGGCGACCUCCCCGUUCUGUCUCCCCAGGGCGUCGGCGACGGGGACCCUGGCUCCUCCCCGGGGGCGGGGCCAGGGGAGGGGGGCGGGGUCCUAGAGGCCCUGGCUGACCUAUGGGAGAGGGAGUGCUGCUGGGCCACGCCCCUCCACCUGCUCUUCAGCGAGCUCAACGUCACGGCCGUGCUGCGGGCGCCGCCCAAAGGGUUGGACAGCUAUGAGUUCCUGGUCCGACGGCUGCUGACCAAAGGCCUGCUGGGAGAAGAGGAGCUGGCCUCUCAUUGGAGGAAACUCUCCGGUGUGUCGCCCAUACAGGUUCUUACGGAGAAGUUUGAGCUGCUGCCAUUCCUGCUGGUCAAGCCGGCCAUGGCUUUACCGGAGACACUGAGCCCGACCGGCCAGUAGAGGGCGCCCUGGCACAGAACAAACGCUGCGCUCUCUCUCUCUCUCCCGUGUUUUAUUCAAAAGGGUCCACAAAGUUGUGUUAUCUUUUUGUGUGUUCGGUUUUGCUUCAUGAAACGCCAAACUGAUUUUCUCAAUAUUUCGGUUUUUGGGGUUUUGUUCACUGUUCUAUUUCAACACUGUAUUUUCCGCACGUCUUUCACUGUGUAUUGUCCACCUGUGGACGCCACCUACGCUUGUCGCGAGCCUUCGCUCCUUUUGUAAAGGUGCGAAUGGGGGCCAAAGUCCCGCCACUCAGGAUUAGUAGCCAGGGGGAGAUGUGCACGAAUGACUGCAAAAGAAGCCCCUGUAUGCAAACCUGGAUAACCGAUUUUCCCCCAGUGAGGAGAUGGUUAGAAAAGAGACUGCGUUGUCUGCCAAGAUGUAUUAUCGGGUCCGGGGUCCCAACACACGCGGGGAAAUGUGGGGUUGACCUUAUAGCUUUGAUGCAAAGAUGAGAAUAAAUGUAUUAAACGUUUCCUUGGCUCGAACUGUUCACCCACUGCCUUCAACGACCGCUCUACUGUUGGUUCAUAAUUUGAUUCUUUAAUGCAAGUUUGCAUUUGCGACGAUUUUCCGUAUUUUAGUUCACGUUGAACGUGUUGUAUAUUCCGCUGCUUUUAAAUUGGAAUUAUUUUGUAUGUUAUGAAAUAAAAUAAUAAAGAUGUACUGUCUUAA